AUGUCGAUGCUGAUUUCCGAUGACGAUGUUGAUGGCCUGGACUUCGAAUCGAUCGAUCUUGAUGAUGAAGAACCGCGUCCGAGACACUUCAAACAAACAGGAAAGCGCAAGGCCCAACCCAGUCACGACAAUGACGACGCAAGCAUGCCCCGAGCAGUGCGCCAACGACCCGGAUUGGAAGAGUCAAGCGCGCCGGAUGACCUCUCUUCACGUCGAGCCAACGAAGAUGAAGAAAGGAAGUCGGAGGAACAACAUGACACACCGACUUCCUCCGCGUUUUGGCAUGCGAGUGCAAACGCCGUCGAAGCAGCGGUCGAUUUUUCGGAGCCGUCGACAUUUGAAGAAGCAGUAUCUGGCCCGGACCAAGUACACUGGCGCAAGGCAAUUGAUGCGGAGCUCGAUUCGAUGAAGCUUCGCGGUGUCUUUCGUGCGGCCAAGUUACCCAACGGACAAAGCGCCAUUGGCACAAAGUGGGUCUUCAAGAUCAAGCGCAAGGCGGAUGGGUCGAUCGAGAAAUACAAGGCACGACUUGUGGCCAAGGGUUUUCGCCAAAAGUAUGGCAUCGACUACACGGAGACGUUCUCGCCCGUGGUCAAGUAUGUGACGCUGCGAAUGGUCAUCGCCAUUACCAAGCACUUUGGAUGGCCCCUCGACCAGCUCGAUGUGGUGACUGCGUUCCUGUAUGGAGUGAUGAAGGAGAAGGUGUUCUGCGCUGUUCCGGAAGGCGUCAAGAUGGAAGGUGAUUUCGACUGUCUCGAGCUGAUCAAGGCGAUCUACGGUCUCAAGCAAGCCUCGCGUGUUUGGAACGAGACCUUCGACGAGUUCAUACGCUCGAUUGGUUUUCAAGCGUCGGGAUUCGAUCCAUGUCUCUACAUCAUGACUUCGGAAGGCCAUUGUGUUUUUGUGCUGGUCUACGUGGACGAUGUCUUGGUGACUGGAAGCUCGCUCGAGAUGAUUGCGCGCACCAAGAACGACCUCAAGACACGCUUCGAGAUGACGGACAGCGGCAAGUGUGCCUUUGUUCUUGGGAUCGAGUUAUUGGACGGUGAAGAUGGCAGCGUGACUAUGCGUCAGCGCCGUUAUGUCGACGAUGUCCUCAAGCGCUUUGGAAUGGAUGAGUGCAAGGCUGUGGCAAGUCCGGUGGACGUCAGCUCUCGACUGGUUCCAAGCAACUCUGCAAGCAAGGUGAAUGUCCCAUUCCGUGAAGCAGUGGGUGCUUUGAUGCAUCUGACGACUGCAACGCGACCGGACAUCGCCUAUGCUGUAAGCUUUGUGUCACGGUUCAUGGAGAAACCCCAAGAAGAACACUGGGUUGCAGUCAAGCGCAUCUUCCGCUACCUACAAGGCACCAAGAUGCAUGGAAUCUGCUACAAGCCAAGUGCGAAGAUCGACUUUCGUGGCUAUUCAGAUGCAGACUGGGCCGGUGACCUUGCUGAUCGCAAAUCGACGUCCGGCUACGUCUUCAUGCUAUUGGGUGCUCCGGUGAGUUGGGGCAGCAAGAAACAGCCAAGUGUGUCACUGUCUACAAGCGAAGCGGAGUACAUCGCGCUCAGCCUGGCGAUCCAAGAAGGCAAGUGGAUCAAUCGCUUGCUGUGCGAGAUCAUGGCGGCUGCAAACGAAGAAGGACCCGAGCUCGUCAUCCGUGAAGACAACCAGUCGUGCAUCAAGAUGACGAAGAAUCCGGUCAACCACGGCCGCGCUAAACACAUCGACAUCAAGUACCAUCACAUCCGUGAUGAAGUCAAGCGCGGCGAAGUGAAGCUUGAAUACUGCGAGACAACGUUGAUGUUGGCGGACAUCAUGACGAAGGGACUUCACGGACCGCGUCACAAGAACUUGACGGCGGCGCUUGGCAUCCGUGCGUGUUCGGAUUGA